AUGAAGUACGCUGUUUUCAUUGCCACCCUGCUCACUGGAGCGUUGGCCUUGCCCGCACCCACCACGCUUACCGGUGAAGCUCUUGAAAAGGAGCUUGAGAUUUUGAACGCCCCUGAGCCAUGGGAGAAGCGUCUUGCUGCGGCUACCAUCGAGUUGAUGGCACGUGAGCCUCAGAAGGUUGAGAACCGUGAGGCUCAGAAAGUUGAGAACCGUGAGGCUCAGAAAGUUGAGAACCGUGAGGCUCAGAAAGUUGAGAACCGUGAGGCUCAGAAAGUUGAGAACCGUGAGGCUCAGAAAGUUGAGAACCGCAAAGCCCAGAAAGUGGAAAAUCGUGCUGCUCAGAAAGUCGAGAACCGCGAGGCUCAGAAGGUCGAGAAUCGCGCUGCACAGAAGGUCGAGAAUCGCGAGGCACAAAAGGUCGAGAAUCGCGAGGCACAAAAGGUUGAAAACCGUGAGGCGCAAAAGGUGGAAAACCGCGAAGCCCAGAAAGUGGAAAACCGUGCUGCUCAGAAAGUCGAGAACCGCGAGGCGCAGAAGGUCGAGAACCGCGAGGCGCAGAAGGUCGAGAACCGUGAGGCUCAGAAGGUUGAGAAUCGCGCUGCACAGAAGGUCGAGAACCGCGCCGCCCAAAAGGUUGAGAACUGA